UUUUUUUUUUUCUCUCUUUUUAUUCCUCCAUGAAGAAGCUUUGCCGCAAAAACACCGUUCACCCAUCGCCGCCGAUCAUUUCCGACUUCCUUUCGUUUUUGCCUGCCGUCAUAUUCACCCUCACUGUGGCUCUUUCCGCCGACGACAAGGAAGUCCUGGCUUAUCUCAUCUCCUGUUCCAACACCAGCGCCUCUCUCUCCAACUUAUCUGACACUCGCAAGUCCGGUCGGAAACCCACCGCCGGAAAGGUCGGUGUCGAUCACGCUCCGCUUUUCGACUGCGAUUGUUUCAUGUGCUAUCGCCGAUACUGGGCGAGAUGGGACUCGUCGCCGAAUCGGCAACUUAUUCAUGAAAUAAUCGAAGCUUACGAAGAUGGAUUGGCCAAACCCAAAGGCACAGCAAGCAAACAGAGGAAUUUCAAGAAAGAAAGACGGAAGAAAAAUAAGGAAUCGGUUGCUGCUGAAUCGAGCGUGGGGAAGGGGAAGAUGAAGGAGGCAUCGGAGUCUGUGCAGCAGGAGAGCAGCCGCGAUGGGAAUGGACAAAAAGCAGAAGGAGAAGAAAGAGGAUCGGUAAGUAGGUUCGUGAGUUUUGUGGGCGAGAAAAUUUGGAGUGCUUGGGGGUAAUGAAUUUGGAGUGAUCGGUAAUUAGUGGAUUUUUGUUUGCUCUGCUCUCUGUAAAUUACUUGCCUCAUGUAAAAAUGAAUGAUGAUUAUGCUAUAAUAUGUGGAUGCUCUGUUCUGUGUGAAAUUUGAGAAUAUGGAUGAGAGUAGUGGGGAUGAUGAUGGGGCACCAUUUUUGGCGUUGGAGUUGCAGAGAUUCUGAUGUUUUUCAUUUAAAACUGGAAAACGAUGCAAGGUAUGACCCACCUCUGUCUCUGUCUCUAUCUCUGUACAUAUAUAGAAAGAAUAUGGAAUGCAAGUGAUUGGCAAA